AUGUGCUUCGCUGGCUUGUUCAACACCUAACAUUAAUAUUUCGACCCUUUCGCCAACGACAAGCGUCCAGAACUCAUAUAUUUUGGGAGAAUCGACGAGUAUAACUCAGCAAGAUGUCCGACGAGGUCAACAACGACGCGUGGGACGACUCACUGCUCGUUAAGUUUUACGAUGAAAAUGUUGGCCUGGCCCGCGAGGAAUUGGCACGUCGCCUGGCUGACUCUACCAAUAAGCGUGAGCAGGAGAACGCGUCUGCCGAGGCUGCCGUUGCCGUUGCCGAGAAUUCGUCGUGCUCCAGCCCCCGGCCGACAGUUUUCGAGGUUGGCGAUUUCGCACGCGCCACUUACAAUGAUGGCUUGGACUACGAGGGCGUCGUGGUUUCCGUGGACGAGAAGGGCGAGACCUGCACUAUCCGCUACCUGGGCUACGAGAACACGCAGGAGGUGCUCAUGACGGACUUACUGCCCUCAUGGGGCAAACAAGUUCGUCGGGAACAGUUUCUUGCUGCCAAAAACGAGGAGGCCGGUGAAGAGCAACCGGCGCGCUCCAAGGCAUCGACUUCUGCCUCCGCUGGCGUAAACCCGAAGAAGUCGUCCUCGGGAAAGGGCAAGACCUCUGCCGGAGGAAGCGGCGGGCUGACAAUGCCGCCCAUGCCGCCACUUCCCCCCAUGUUCACCUCGCAGAACGAGGGCGGUGAGCAGGACGUUGUGGCCAUGCUAACGGCCUGGUACAUGUCCGGCUACUACACUGGUCUGUAUCAGGGCAAAAAGGAGGCCAAUGCUAUUGCCAACGCCAACGCCAAGAAGAAGACUCCGAAGAAAUAGUAUAAUAUGUAUCUCACUCCACAUCUUUCCAAAAGACUUGUAGCCGUUAAGCAAUUAAAAACAAUAAACAUUUGUUAUGUUUA